UUUGACUAAACUAUUCUUAUCGAUACAGCUAUGAUACAUGUUUCGGCGAACCUAUUAAAAAUUUUGCUUGAAUUUUAGUAUAUAAUAGGUGUCGAUUUUAUGAUAUCGAUUUUGCCUUGAAAUGAGAGUCGAUUUCACUGAUAUUAGGUAAUUGAUUACUGAUGCACCAAACAAAGCUUUUUGCAUCCGUGCCGCUUUUCGUCUCGCCUUACUUCCAAAUCUGUUUGUCACCCAUUUACUUUUUUUUUUUCUUUCCAUCCUUCCUCGGUUUAUUACUCGCGUUUUCAGCUUCCAACUUCCUUUAUUCCGUAAACGAAUACAAUAAAAAUACUGAGAGUCCUUUCCAUUACAUUUGUGAAAAUCACUUAAGCCUUUGUUAAAGGUAGAGAAAGGAAGUCUUCUCCAGGCAAUCCGCUAGACAGUACGUUCGCUCCACUUCAUACCACUUCGACCUUAGCGACCUGUUUGCUCAAAAUACGCUGACCGGUUAAGGUUGAUGGAAGCCUAUCUACAUUUUCUACUUUCCCACAUUUCUACUUUUCGACUUUAUCUUUUUUGCUCUUUUUCUUUCAUAUUAAUCUGUGUUAUGUAGCAGGUUCCGAUAUUGUCAUAAACAUUUUUCUGCCUGUCACCAUCUUUAACCAAAUCACUGUCAUGUCCAGCCAGCUCUAGCUCAUGUCUGGGUUUUUGGGCCGGUUUUUGUUUAUUACCAUCUAGCGUUUGUUGUUCAUUUGCCGGACCGCUCUCUCAUGUCACAGCACGAUUUGCUCUUUGUUGCUACGAUUCUCCCUUAAUCCAGUCUGUCACAGUCGGUACCACCUAUGAAAUGGCAGCGGCGUUGACAUCGACCUGAGGUGAUAACCGCUAGCGCUGUUGGAGCGUCAGCCAUUUACUGCGGCCUCCUUCCGCUGUAGUAAUUGUAUGGUUUCACGGGAGUCAGUCUUCUAGUCCGCACGUCUAUUGCUUCUUUAGCCAAGUUCCAUAUUUCUGGCGUGCACUGGAAAAAGGGUUCCUCUUACGUGUACACCAAUCUAUUUUAUUGUUAGCUACUAUUGUUAUUGUUGCAGCAGAUGAUAGGAAAGUCUGUCUUUACAGCUGUAAAAUAGUGUUGUCUCCAUGUUGAACGUUUCUGCUAACUCGUGUUGCCCGUCCUACCUUUGUCGUCAAUCGCUGCAGCAACAUUUCUGGAAUCGUCUAGGUUCCGGAGUUGCUGUCGUACACAACAAAUCUUGUUGCCGCUGGUGAUCGGUAUAGCACGGCCUGACCGUAACAACUACGACCACGGUUACCUUUCCAGUAUUUCCAUUGGUUUCCAUAAACUUAUUAACACAUUGAAUCAUUGAACGACAGUCUUUUGUCGCCCACCUCGAGUUGACUGACAUCAAGUAUGCAAAAAGGAAAGACAAGUAGAUUUUAAAGGCGGGACUCGGCUCAAGGAUUGACGCGGAAACUUGUUGCCACUGAGUGUUUGUGUAAGUUCUGUAUGUCUGUGUGUUCUGUACAGGAUAGCAGGACGUCGCGGAUCGUCUUUUGGUUUUUAUGCGGGCUGGUAAGGGUAGGUAUUUCAUGAAACGGGACAUAGCCUGCUCUGCGUGAUGGCAAACCUAAUGUGGAGACUAUUGCUGACAAUCGCGUUAGUGGCUAGGUUGAUCGUUGCUGUGAAUGAUGAAAAUGAGUUGUACAAGAAGUCGAAUGAUAUGAGUAAAUAUGCCAUCUGCACUACGGAAGAAAACCAAGAAAUUUAUCUUCCGACCUCUAACGCUUCUGCGUAUAUCAACUGUCAGACUAAUUCGAAGUGGCAGAGAUUGAACGUGACUGUCACCAGUCAGACAGCCUCUAAGCUAUCAAUUAAGUUCAAUAGUCUCCUGGACUUCGCUUCAAAUGACACUUUUGUGGUGUGGGCUCAAGUCCAGAAUGUGUUUAAGAAAGUUCAUGCGGAAAAUAUUAUGUCUAGACGAAUUGACACCUGGAUGCCUAUAGGCACGUCAUCUCUUCGAAUUGAAAUUUCAAAUUCAAAAAGGGGAGAUGUUUAUCUCGAGGUCAAGCAGGCCUGUGGCAAUAAUGAAAUCCUCAAACCAGGACUAUCCAGUCCACUAGUACUACCCAGCUCUGGUGAACUCGGGUCUUUACUACCAGUACCGUGCAUCUUCAAGGUCAGUGACCCUGCGGUAUACGAGUUCCGCAAUCUUACUUUGGCCCAAAAGUCAAGUGUGACGUUUAUUGAGGCCGAGCCUAAAGGACCAUUUCGGACAAAACCUGAUCACGUGAUUAUUGGUUCAACGAAUACCAUUGUAAAGUUCGAAUUGGACGUCACAGACCCUAAUCAGGACAUAGACUUAUUCAUUAUUCUUUUGGCUGGUACAGUGUGCGGACCUAAGAAUGCAAUUACAGUAGGAAACUCCAGCGUUGAUUUUCCUACGUUGCUGGACGCCAAAGCUGGACCCGGACUUGGCAUGUGCGUUUGGCUCCUGUGUGCCACCGGCGAUAAGAAGAUCGAAUUGAGCCUAAACAAAUUCCAGCGCGAGUAUCCCACAGACACUCUCAGUGUUCUCGACUCUGGUAACCUAGCAGGAAAGCUGCUACUUCAAGUGACCACAACUACGGCAGUUCCCUCAGUCGUUGUUUCUUCCGGAAGCUACCUAAUGGUUAUUCUAACUUCUAUGAACUUCCAGCAAAACAGCAAUGGGGUCAGUAUAUCAGCGUCUUUAAUUUCGUCUGGCGGACACCUAUCUGGCGAAGGCAACUUGACUUUUGGAAGCAAAAGUGAUUACUUCUUGUCCAGUCUUAGCAACCAGUCGAUUGCUGUGAGCCUUGCUCCAGUGCAAAAUUUGAGCGAUGAGAAGACUAUUGAAAUCUACACCGAUUUCACGUCAACUACCCCUCUUGUCAAGUUUGACAAGGAUCACCCGCCAUUCGAUAUUAGCUCGCCAGGCUCGGAACUUCACGUAAAAGGGACUGGAUUUACAACACCUGAACGUGUCACUUUCAAGACGAUUGCACGCGACUCAGGCUGCGUUCGCACCUCGAUCGCUGCCCAGCAAGCUAACAUGCACCUCAAUGGUGACUGCACUGCCACAGGCAUCUGGAUCAUUCGUCCCGACGUUCCUGACUCGAAAAAUACAGCUUUGUUUGUCAAGAUUUGGCCAAACAAUGUCCAAUUUGCAAAUAUCACGCACUUGACUGAUACCGGAGGCCAGGUUUCCGUUUCGCAAAGUAGUGACCCGUUCAUGUUCGCCUACAAUGUACUACAUGGAGCUAAGUUGAUAUUCCAAGCGAAUUCGAAUUUCAAGAUGUCAUACAUCACGGCAAACUCGAAGGCGCCGAUUGAGGUUGUGGCAUCGCAGGGUAGUAACUUCACCCUCAUGUCACCGUUUUUCCCAGACGUCUACCCGAUGGGGGCUAUGUUUACGUACGAUGUAAGGCUGGGCGACAAUCCUGCCGAUCAGUACUUGGUCAGCUUCGAGGCAAUGGAUCUAUCGGAGGGUGAUACACUGGUGUUUGGAAGUAGCAAAGAUAAAGUACAAUAUAGCGGCAGAAAAUUGCCUGCGGACCAAUUGCUUUCGAAGGAGAAGUUUACCAAUAUUUUAUUUGAAUCAGCGGGCACUAAUCAAAGGUUCAAUCCAAAGGGCUCGUAUGGAUUCCGUGUCAAUAUCGCCCCAACGGCCCCCGACUCGCAGACAAUCACCGACGUCACAGCCGCGGGCAAAUUCUAUACUCUUGAUAAGUGCAAAGACCAACGUUGUAUCUACAUUAUCAGCUUGCCUUUAGAUAAUUCUGCAACUAAGGGCAUCGCCAUUAAUCUGACCGUGACCGUUCCUACUCAAAAGAAGCUAAUCGCUGGCGAACUGCUUGUCUGGGACGGAGAAUCCACUCUUCGAAGUCCACUGAUAGCGCCGGUAGCCAACCUCAGUCAGGGUGGUUAUUUCCUCUCGAGUCACCGACAGGUGAUCAUUAAGUAUCAAGGAAGCGAAUUGCUAAAUAUUUCGUUUACCAAAAUCUCCUGUGAGUUCGAAACGCCAGUCGAUGGCAGCAAUGAUAACGGUACGUACACGAUGUGUAAGACCGAACGGAAUUGCAUGCUGCCUGGCUGGCGGUGCAACGGAAAGGCUGAUUGCUCCGACGGUUCAGACGAGUUUUACUGCAAAGGUCCUCAGCCGAUACCACACCAGAUCGGAUCAAACGGUUGGAAAGCGGCAUUCGGAGCGGGUCUACCGCUCGCCGUGCUGUUCACUGUGCUGCUAACCAAGGGCGUGCCUGUGGUAUUGCAGCGGUUCCGGGACAGACGUUAUCAGCAAUUCCAUGACCUGGGCGACCACUAGGGAGGCCACGCACAGCAGCAGCAAAGUGAUCCAAGAGAUAUGGCGGUAGGCGCACUCGUCGACAGAAACCAGGACAUCAACGCCCAAAUGGUGUUCAGGCAGGACGAUCCGAUUGUUUAGAAAGCUCAAGGAUAAUUGCACCGUAGGAACAGUUGAGCGAUAAUGGGCUUGAUGCUCUGCGCCGCAGUGCAGGACAGAGGAAUAAAUAAUGGGCCUGGCCUAAAGGUUAUUAUGGGCAUAAUAACAAUAGGUUACAGACCAAUGAGUAGGUUCAUAUUAAUGUAGAAAAACCGUGAAAAAGAGGUCACGUCCGAAGCAAGGGCGUUAAAAAGGGAGUUAAGGGGUGGAAGCAGCAGCGAGCAAGCUAAAUUUAAGCGAGACAAGACUGAAGACAAUGGUUUAAAGCUUUGGUGAGCGCUAGAAGUUAUUAAUGGCACAUUAUUAUAAUAUAAAUAUUUCACUAAACGAUAUAGAAAACAAUUGUAAUAAAAAAAGUGAAAAUAUAACGAAAAAGUGGAAGACGGUAGACAAAAACAGAUUCGGCGAAUGCAACUAUAUUACUAAUAACAUUACUGCUGCUUAAUAGCGAAAUGUUUUAGUUUUUGAUGAUUUUUUUAUAUUGUUCGCUAAGUACACAAGCUCUACCUAAACGAACGAUAUUACAAGCGAGAGAGCGGCGACACAACGCACCAUAUAUAUUAACUCGUUAACAGUAUAUAUUCUAUUCCCAAUAACAAAGCGAAACAUAUUGAAAGUAAUAUGUUAUACAUGCACCCGUAUAUAUCAAUAUUAUGAUCUGCGCUGGGCUUGUUAACGCUAAUCAUACAAAAGAGACAAAAAGAACAACGGAAAAAAGAUAAAAAUUCUAAAAAGUUCCAGAGCAAUUAGCAUUAUACUAUAUUAGGUGUUUAAAAAAGCUCAUUAUCUACUCGCAGCGCCGCCAGCUGGUUAGUGUUCCCUAUGGCUGAAUCAACUCCCGAAAAAACGAAGAUAAAUCUUACUUUUUGGCUCUUUUCUUUAAGCUUCUUCGGCCAAAAAUUUGCAGACGAUAUUUUACUAUAGGUGCAUACAAUUGACGUUGGAAACGGACGAGAAAUCUGCGAUUGUUGAACAGUUAGAAGAGCAAGGUCUCGAGUGGUGUGAAAGAAAAGUAAACAAAGGUUGUUGAUAACAGCUAGAUUACAGUGAAUUGGACAAACAAAAAAGAGAAUAAAAAAGAAGACCAAGUGCUUGAUACCUUUUAAAUCAAGCAUAUCUUAAAGUAAGAGGUGGUAAGGCAAACCAUCAAAUGACAUUAGAGAUUAUAAUGUUUUAGGUUUUUCACAUGUCUAUGUUUUUCGAUGGGUCACCAAUGAAACGUGGUAUGCUAUAUAGAGGUGUAUGGGGGUCUAAAAUGUUUUUAUUUGUUUCCCUCACUUUUGAGAUAUGCUUGAUUGCUUCUUUUUGUUGAAACCUCAAGCAAGUUCACCACUACUCAGAAGAAGCGUUGAAUCGCAUCUGAACAGCAAACCGAAAUCGAUCUAAUGCCUGAUUUUAAACAAAAAGAUAAUAUACAGAUACGUGUUGAAAAAUGUAUUGACUUGACCAAGCGUAAAGAAGUUAGGGAAAGUAGACGGUUUUCAUGUUGGAACAGCAAUUGGUCGCCAACUCUGCGCAUCGUAAGUGGCUUACACGAAUCCUUUGUCGCAAUACAAGAGUACAACUUUAAUUUUUAGAAAAUUAACGCAGACCGUAAUUAAAAGCAAAAGAAGUAAUCUUGACAGCUAACGACAAACUGGUGAAAAACACAAUCCAGUAUGAUGUACGAUUAAGCACCUCCUGUCGAAAGAAUACGGCAGCGCCUGACCUUUUAAUUGUGAUCAUUAGGCUAUUCUACGACGAUGCUGGGAUCCGCUCAAUAUAGACUUUCGUAAAAAAAAUACUAAAAAAAGAAAUGGAAUUCCACCACUAUAUGUUUUUCCCAUUGACAAUUAGAAAUUAGUGCGCAGCAGUCGUCCUGUAUGCAAGCCCCCUUGAACAAUGGAUAACGUGCACACUAUGAACCCCCAGAUGCUUCCCUUGAAAAUACGCAUAUAAACACGUGUAUUGCCUGGAUAUUUUGUGUUGGCAAGCAAAAAACUUAUAGACAAGAAAGGACGGUAAAUUUCUUUAAACAUAUUUAUACGUAGACAGGGACAAUGAUAUUCAACUAUAAUAUCACUAUAAGGAGAGGGGUGAUAGUUUGUUUAUGGUCUAGGAAAGGCGAAGCAGAAAUUGAUUCGAAACUAACUCCAUCGAUGGAUUUAGUUAAAACUGAUUUGAGCUCGAUGCAUGCGUUUUCUGCAAGCCGAUCUUCCCUAUUUCAGACACUGAUCCAGCAUAGGUAUUAAAAAAGAGUAUGAAAAGCCUGAGCAUGCCAACGUUGUCACGAACCUUAUGAACAACCAUGUGCUUAGAAAUACUACCUUAAUAUCGAUUUAUUGUUUAAAAGCAGGUUGGUUAUAUGACUAAAUUUACAUUGUAUCAUGACGACUACAGCAACUUACGAAAAUACAGAAAUUAAUUAAUUAAGUAAUUGAUUGAUAGAAGCUCGAAUUGAAAAUGAGAGCGCAAUGUGUGAUUCCAAUGCCUAAGGCAAUUGCUAAAGUCACUACUGCCUUCACUGCUUUUACGUGGAGGUUGUCAUACUUCAUCUGUUCUAGGAAUUCGAAAACUACACGAGCUGAACGCUCCGCACCGAUUAGCAGACACUGAUUAUUAAAACUUCCCUCAACAAUUAAUGCAAAAUGAGUAAACUAGUCAUCAGUAUCUGCUCGUCUGUAUGUCUAUGUUUAGCUCAGUCUGGUAGACCUGGCCAUGUGAUGGUUCCAUGAUUUUCGUUGUUCGUAAUUUCCCCGUGAUUUUAUAUUAAGUUCCUUGUCGUAUAUGCAAUACAGUCACCCGGUAGGAAAUAACGAAAGCUAUCCCAUCGUAUAUUAAAUGGUCUAGCCUAAACGGGAAAUGAGCGAAUUCAAAACUAGAAAGCCUCCAAAUUGUUCUUUCAAUUUGGUACUUCCGUCAGCUAGUGCUUCAACUGGUGCCUCGGUGCGUUUAUGCCCAUUCGCUAAUCUAGACCCUUUCACACAUGUCCGUAGCUUAAGUGAGCUUAAGUGAGCCUUCUUUGUCGCGUCUCGAUGUCCAGAUCGAAUGUAUAUCAAUGUAUCUCUAGCAUGCAGCAUUGCUUAGCAUAGUUGCUGCUUUCUUGAGUUUCGAAUGUUAGCUAACACAAUCAACUCUUUCUCCCAAAUAUACAACAAACAGGCCAUAUGCACACGCAUCUAUCAGAGUGCACGUACCGGCCGUCACGUAUAUUUCGAGAGAACUAAGUUGACCUUUCUUGGUGGGGUUGUUCUUGCUUCACCGGUGGGUACAUUAUUGUCAUUGGUUACUCUAACGCUCACCGGAUAUAAGAAUCACGGAGCUGAUAAUUGUGCGUUAUAUAAAGCAUAGUUAUCAGCUCCGUGAUCUGUGAUAAUUUUGGCCCGCAGCUCGUUUAUACGGUGCAAUGCAGUGGUGCAAAUACAGCCAGUCGCUACUUCCCUUAUGAUGAUAACACUUGAUAGUGAUGCUGAGUACUAUUUUCACUGCUUGUUGGUGACUGCACCGUUUGCCCUCUGAUUUGCAGAAAAUGAAGAUGACAGGUACCGAACCGCCCGCGCGUUUGUUGUGUAGGGGCAAUCGUUUGAGGAAAGAAACGUGGGUACAAAAUUGGAUCCUAAUUGUCUGCUUCGAGAAUAUAUUCCAUUUCAAUUUUUUUUACGUAUAUAUAAAACAAGAAUUAUAGAGGCGCGCCUUUUUUUGCUGGAAUUUUCAUUAUAUUUAUUAAAGAAUCGCUUACAUUAGCUGUCGUUACUAUGUCGCGGCUGACAAUUUUGCGACGUAGUACACCGUCGCUGGGUCCGUGCUCCGAUUUUUUAGCUCACUCAGUAAAGCGUAGAUUUUGAAUGACAGCUGUACUAUAUGAGACCUGACAAAGUUAUUUUGGCUACGUGUUGCAAUUGUAGCAUUUUCACAGUAGGGGCAAAAUCAGUAUUAUUAAAAAUCAGGUUAUGCAGAAUCAUGCUGAACGACAGUAGAGAACACUUAAAUUGUGUCCCCACAAAAUCAUGGUAUUUAUCUAAAAUGGAAUAUGCGGAAUCCUGGCAUAUUGUUAUAGUAAGCUGAGAGAAAUAAGUUUGUCGUGUUCAGUUAAUAAUUAAAUAAAUUAACUUAGUUUUUUUA